UCAAUAUGAAAGGCCUUUGUGAUGACAAUUUCAAUAACAAUAAUUGUAUGCUAUUCGGCGGUGGAGGAGCAGACGAUUGUGAGAAUGGUGGAGGAGGAAGAGGAGGAGGCCAUGAUGAAGGAGGCGGUGGGAGACGACAUCGUGCCCGACAAGUGCACAGUCUGGCCGUAAGAACCACAAGUGCCUAUGACACAUUGGAGCGUCCUUUUCGCCAUGACAAACUACGUGGACGGUGGUCAAAAUCAGCUGAUUUUUAUUUCGCCACCUCUAGUCAUGCCUUCAGUUCAAUGUUAUUCUCCGAUUUACCCGUUUGGGGCCUCAUGUUUGGCGGUUGGAAAUACUUUUUACUGUCCUAUUUACUGGCAAUAAUAUUCUCUUCGCUUCCCAUAUUUUUAAUACAAACAUUUUUGGGACAGUUUUCAUCAUCGGGAACUAUAUCGGCAUUUCGAGUAUCGCCCAUAUUUAAAGGCAUUGGCUAUUCCAUAUUACUCUUGAAUCUGGCCACGCUUACCUAUUACAGUAUAUUUGCUGCCGUACCGUUCAUCUAUGCGGUGAAUUCUUUGCAUCCAAUAAUACCAUGGAUGAGUUGUAAUAAUACAUAUAAUACAGUGAAUUGUUCAACACACACAACAUAUAAUCAAGAUGAUGUUUGGCAAGAUCCUCAUUCCACUGUGGAAUUCUUCAGAUCUGUAGUUGCGUCUACAUCGGCUGGUUCCGGUUCUUUGACAAUUUCAUGGUCUCUGCUUAUUGCCGUUGUAUCGCUGUGGCUUUUUGUUUUGGCCUUGAUACUUAAACCCAUUUCAUUUAUCGGGAAAACCUUUCGAUGUGCUUGCAUUGUGAUGUUUUCAUUUUUUCUAUCAACAUUCAUCUUUAUGGUCAUUCACAUGGAUGUCACUUGGACAACGUUGUUUCAUUACUUCAAUCCCACAUUGCCGGACAGUUGGAGUGCCAUUUUUCCAGCUAUGCAACAAGGCAUCUUAAUGGCCCCUCUAAUGCUCGGACCUGGUUGGGGCAGUGUUCUAACACUGGCCAGCUACAACAGUUUUCGCACAGAUGCUGAAAAAUUUAGUAUUUGGGUUAGUGUAACCCACAUAUUGAUUGCAGUGAUGGCCUUUGUAUGCGGUCAAGUGGCCAAUGAUCAUUUUGAAGGUCAUGUUGGCAUGUUACGCUGGCAUGUUGAUGAGGACCAUGAGAUGCAAUUUCUAUAUCUUUGCUAUGCCUAUCUGUUUGGCAGUUAUAGCACGUUGUCAAAUUUAUGGUCAUUUCUGUUUUUUAUAGUCAUUUUCAUAGCAGAACUUUGCGCUUUGGUCAUUCAAGUUUUAAAUAUAUUGACGGCACUUUUCGAUGAAUUCGAGCAACUACGACCCAAAAAGAAAUAUGUUAUAUUUUCUUUGGUAUUUUUCCUUAUGAUGACUUCUAUAUAUUUCUGUACUCAAUUGGGAUUUCGACAAAUGAGUUCAUUACCCUAUGUAUUGGUACUAAGCCAGUUGAUUAUAUCGGGCAUUUUAAUUAUGAUGACCACUUGGAUAUAUGGCCGUGUGAGAUUCCAAUGCGACUUGCAGUUUAUGUUGGGCAAAACGAUCUCAAGUAUGAAAAUUUAUUUCAUACGCUUUGCCACGCCCAUAUUUUUAGUAAUCUGUGUGUUACAAAAUGCCUUUCAUUUGGCCACUGACAAUGGUAGCCAGUUACAUCAUUCUGUGAUUGGUGUCACUCAGGGAAUAAUCUGCCUUGUGGCCAUCUUUUAUAUGGUCUAUAAAAUAUGUCAGACCAGCGGCACUUGGCGUCAUCGUUUGAGGCAAUGUUUUACACCACAUGACUGGCAUCCUGUUGAUGCUGAUAAUCGUCGUUUCUAUGAGGAAAUAAUGGGCACUUCUGAGAUGCUUGUUAUCGAUUCAAAUGCCAAUAACACAUAAUGCCUAAUUCCUUUUUGAUUGAUCUACUAUUAACACUUAUAACUGACUUGCCUGUACUUAAGAAAGAGCUGAGUCGAACUGAAUCCACACCCACAUAUACAAACACACACACACACACACAUGCACACUUUUUGUGUGGAUAUUAGAAUUUUUACUUUAAUAAGAUUGUGUACUGAUAUUUUCCAAAAACGCUUAGGCUAUUUAAUGAACAAUAAAACUGGUGAUAAUAAUUUAUAUAGAAAUGCAAACGCA